GACUCUUUCACACGCUGCUUUAAAUCAAAUUAUCAAGAACCCUGGAAUUGGAACAUAUAUUUGUUUCCAUUGUGGUGCUUAGGAGUUAUGAUUAGAUAUGGAUUUCUUUUCCCACUAAGAGUUGCGAUCCUUGCAGUUGGCUGGAUAGUAUUUUUUGCCGCCUUCUUACCUGUACGGUAUUUUUGGACUGAGAAUAAGAAAUGGAAACGCAAAAUAGAGAGAACGUUGGUGGAGAUGAUGUGUGGUGUGUUUGUUGCUUCGUGGACGGGAGUAGUCAAGUAUCAUGGUCCUCGUCCAAGCAUGCGCCCUCAGCAGGUAUUUGUUGCCAAUCAUACAUCUAUGAUCGACUUCAUCAUUUUAGAGCAGAUGACUGCUUUUGCGGUUAUCAUGCAAAAGCAUCCAGGAUGGGUUGGAUUCAUUCAGAAAACCAUUUUGGAAAGCGUGGGUUGCAUUUGGUUCAACAGAACAGAGGCCAAAGAUCGUGAAGUUGUGACAAGAAAGCUGAGGGAACACACACAAGGGGCUGACAACAACCCACUUUUGAUAUUUCCGGAAGGAACUUGUGUGAAUAAUCAAUAUACUGUUAUGUUCAAAAAGGGUGCCUUUGAACUCGGGUGUGCUGUUUGCCCAGUUGCCAUCAAAUACAAUAAAAUCUUUGUGGAUGCUUUCUGGAACAGCAAAAUACAAUCAUUUACAAUGCAUUUAGUCCGCCUGAUGACAUCAUGGGCUGUUGUAUGUGACGUGUGGUACCUAGAGCCACAGUAUCUCAGACCUGGAGAGACUCCUAUUGAAUUUGCUGAAAGGGUUAGAGACAUGAUUGCUACUCGAGCUGGCCUGAAGAAGGUUCCCUGGGAUGGAUAUCUUAAAUAUUUCCGCCCAAGUCCCAAGCUUACUGAAAGAAAGCAACAGAUUUUUGCUGAAUCUGUUCUUCAGCGUCUUGAGAAGUAAAUGGAUAACACAUUCCUUUUUUUUGGCUUCAAAUAACUUAUCCACCAAUUCCUUGCUCGAGGUUGCUAUCUUCUUUAUUUAUUUAUUUAUUAAAAUCUUGUAUUUUGGUUUGUUGAACAUGUUUUCAGCUGACUAUCUUUGAACUUGUUAAGGAAUCCUAAGUAUCUACGGCUGUGCAGUACAGGAUUACAUCUUCUUGUAGUUAUUUAGACUUGCGAGCACUGAAUAGUUGCUGUGUUGUGAGGGAAUGAAAUUGCUGUGUGGAUCUGGAUUGAUUUUA